AUGAAUUUGGCCUUGAGAAACUUGUCUUCCAGAUUAUGGUCGAUGCUGGAAACAAGCUCGAAACACUCGUCCUGGACGUCCAGCUUGAGGAUCUCCACUUUGGAGUCGAAAAUCGCCGCCAAUCGGUUGCCGACAAAGUCGAAACUCUUGACUUUAUCGUCCCAUUCGUACGUGGCCAACGGCAGACUGAUCUCCGGCCCGUCGAGCUUGUAUGCAAGUACCUGUUUAUCUCCCAACACUGUUAACACACCCGAACUGUACGCGAUCUCGUUGACCUUCGUAGGACCAACAAGUACCGUAUGCUUGAGACGCGGCGACGAGUCCAGAUCGGUCCAGACUUUGAUCACCUUGUGGUCCGGAACGUAG